UCCCCGGUUUCCCAGCCCCUUCCUCUUUUACUGGGUCCCUCCCGUCAGCAAGUCGCGCUUGCCUGACACCACUUCCAUCAAUUGAUCCGAAAACAGGUAUCCGAAACGGAUGCCAAAUAAUCGCCCCUUAUGCGACCAACUUCACGUUGCUUCAUGUUCUCCAUGCAUGGGCAACAUAGGUGAAAUGUAGAAUGGGCAUUGUGUCAUACCCUUCUGCGAAGGCCACUGAAAUUGCCGAGGAUGAAGCGGCGCGAACUCGAAUCGCAAAUCGAAGGCGCCAAGAUGGCGGUUCUGACACCACCACGUCCGAGAUCAUCAUAACCCAAACCAUCUUUAGGCCAUCCAGCACUUGGACAACCGUCGCAACGCUCCACAGAAACUUUCCGUCGGAACCACCCGCGCGUUCCGCCUCUCUCGUUACCGGCGACCAGCUCAGCGGCAUAAUCGGCGGGGUCGCCGCCUUGAUCGUCGUAUUGAUCUUCGGUUGCUUCUGUUAUACGUCGCGACCGAAAGGAGACGCCUCACAGCGUAGCUCGUCGCGGGCAAGCUCUUUGUCGUCCAAGCGACGGCGACACCGUCCCGACUGGCCGACACCUGGACCGCCAUUCCCACAGCCGACGUCUUCGCCGGGACGGGGCCCUGAUACCGCGGCGGGCCAGAACUCCCACUCCUGGCAUGGGAGACCCCCCAGUACACCAUCUGAAGGUGUUGUCGAUCCACCACACUCACAGCGUGUACAACCUGAUUCAGUACAGCCUAGCGACCACGGGCUGGCGGUGGGCGAGCAAGAUGGCAUACCGCACCCAGCGCCACGGCCAACCCGACAGCCCGUAGCUCCACACCAUGGUCCGCUUGCCGAUCCUGAAUCCACUGGACUUCCUACCCGGCGUCCGACAAUCGUAACCGCCAGCCCGACCCGACAAUCCGCAGUUCUACACCAUGAUCCGCCUGCCGAUCCUGAAUCCACUCGACCUCCUACCCGGCGUCCGACAGUCGUGACUGUCAGCCCAACCCGACCGCCGAAGCCGAGCGCAGCCUCAGGAGCUCAGCAGUCGCCGCGGGAUCCGGCGAGCUCCGCAAACUAUUCAUUUUCGGGAUCUCGCCACUCCACGACUUGGCCCAAACCACAAGGGCCUCCUCGCACCAAGACCAUAUCAUCAAAGGCGAGACCGCCGCGGUAUCAAUCGAUGGGCUCCAAAUCGAAUCACCUCGGGCAAGAGCCUCCCCAACCGUCACGGCGGGGAACCUGGGAAGCACAAGUGCACAUGACGGACAAUGAGGUUGUCCCGCCGCCGGCGCCCAAUAUCCGCUUUACGGCGCGAAUCACCAGACAGCAACAACACCACUACUCAACGACCACCACCAUCAGAAUGUGCUAUUACAAGCGCAUGCUCUGGUACUGUGGCUGCCAAUUUGGGGUCAUGCUGACUUGGAAGUACGAAUUCCGGGGCACCCCUCAGUGCAGGCGGCGUCACUUGCUCGACCGACUUCGCUUCAGUGUCCCGUGCAGAGCCCAUCGCCGCGGCGGCGGCGGCGGCGGAAGCACCAUGGACUCCAGCGGUGGAACCGUCUCCGGCUCCGGCAACAACUCCGGCGCCAACUCCGGUGCCAACCCCAGCGAUUAA